UCUCAUAUUAAAGACAUCUCCUCGCUGCAGUCUCAUCCUCAACCCCUCUCUUGCUGCAAAUCAUCCCACCUUCAUAGCAGAUGUCUCUUCUCGUCACCACAUCACCCAAGGACUGCUCUAAGAAGGGUUUCCACUUGAACAAGCCGAACAAGAAGAUUCUCUACAGCUUGUUCUCCCUUCUCGUCUCCAUCCUCUCCGUAGUCUUCCUCAUCUGGCUCGUCCUCCACCCCACCAAGCCGGAAUUCUACCUUAGGGACACCGCAGUCUACGAGCUGAGCCUCGCCUCGCCUCGCCUCCUCAACUCCACCAUCCAAGCCACCGUCGUCUCCAAGAACCCCAACUCCCAUGUCGGCAUCUACUACGACCGGCUUCGUGCUUACGCGGCCUACAAAGGACAGCAGAUCACCGGCGACUCCGAGCUCCCGCCGUUUUACCAGGGCCACCAGGACAUCAACAUCUUGUCUUCCUCCCUGUAUGGGAUCGCCAUGCCGGUUGCUCCCUCGUUUGGUUACCACGUCAGCCGCGACCAGACCGCCGGGAGGCUGUAUCUUGAGGUCAAGCUCGACGGGAAGCUCCGAUGGAAGGUGGGGAGUUGGGUGUCGGGGAGUUACAGAAUCGAUGUAGACUGCGUUGCUGUGAUAGUGCCGAGACCCGGCGCUGAUCCGGGACCGAUGAGUUUGGUGCAAGGAACUCACUGUUCUACUACUGUGUAACGAUGACAAUUAGUACUGCUUAGUUGUGUAGCUGUUUACUCCAUUUUGGUCUUUCUUCUUUAA